GGAGUAUAUGGCCAUCAAGUUCGAGGGCUCGCUCGACGCGCUCUACUUCGAUGGCGUCGGCAGGCGGCAGCUGCGGCCGCUGGUCAGGCAGCGGGAUCAGCCGCACCUGCACCAGCGCAUUCGACGGACUUGGUCGUUGCUCAAGACCAAACUCACCAUCGCGGGCCCGAAGAUCUGGUCAUAUGUUACGGGACCUACGGGUGCAGCGAUUGCGACGCUGUUGGAAGCUGGCUGGGGCCCCAAAGCGGCUGACUGCUGGCAACGCGUGCGCGAUGAAUACUUAGGGGAAUGUAGGCUCCCAGAUGAUGGAGUUGAACUAGUCGACCUCGACUGCGAGUCCGUCCUCGACGAUUUCAGCGACGACCUCCAGAGCAGGCUCUGGGCGACGGCGGCGGCGCACGAGCACGGCGCCUCCCUCGCCUCGGGAGCUGACCUGGUCACGAUCAAG